AGCUGUCAAAAGCGAUUCUUGCUUGAGAAUUGCUGAGGAUGUUCGAUUUUCAUUCGUGCAGAUUCCAGUCGCAUUCAAUGUGUUCGAUGUUCAUCGUUCCGCACCUGGAGCAUGACGGUUGGCGUUCAGGUUAGUCACGGAGAUCACGUCGUCAUUCGAGUGAUUCCCCGCGCAAAUUGACGACGUUUUCAAUUGUAAAAAUAAGUGCUCGUGAGGAAACAUGACGGCCAAGCCGACCGAAGCUUGGUAGUUACACCGAGUUUGUCGGAGAUAAACACCGUUUGGUCGGAGAUGUUGUUAGUUUCGACUACAGCCCUGUUGUAUCUUCGCUGAGAUUUUUCGGGAAGAAGAUCAUUAAAUCGUCCGCAUACGCAUCCAGAAAGGAAACGCGCGCUGGCGAAAGUUCUCAAAAACGAGAACAGAGAAACGACGAGCGACGUCGUGGAGUCGAAUGUCGAGUUGUACACGAAUAUGGACAAGCACGAAAUCCUUCUUCUCCCAGCUUUUCCGAACCCGGCUAAUAAGGAACGCGCCAGAAAGAAGCUCUGGCGCAACGCUGAGCUAAUGGCGAGCGACGACGAGGAUUCGGACACAAACGAACACAACUGCGCUUCCUUCCCGGCUAAGCGACAUUGCGCGCAACUGUCACAAGUCAAUGAAACUCAUUCAGACGCGGAUCAACAUACAAGUACAAGUAUCGAGAAAACAGCCAACAACAUAGGAAAUAUCGAUUAUGAUGAAAUUAUGUAUCAAAUACAUAUAGAAGAGAAACUAAAAUUAUGGCAGGCUUUCCAAGAGGAAGAAGGAUCUAUGGACAAUAGUAUUAACGAAGUUAUGGCAUAUUAUAGAAUGAUGCAUCCAUCAGAUCCUCUGGAAGAAGAUUCUAUCAGUUCCAGAUUUCAUUUGUCUUACAGAAGGAACGACAUGGAAGAUACCGCGGUGAUGAUGGCGAUUCGAAAUCAUGGUUUAGUUCAAUCGGCUGAAAUGGCCUUCCACCCACAUUAUUGUAAAUGCAUAGGUGUAGAUUCUUUUUCAUCUAAAUGUAUGUAUAAAGUCGAGAACUUUCCUUACGGAGCUGUCUAUAGCAAUGUAGAAACGGGAAGAUGCAAUAUGCGGUUAGAUGCGUUGGACACAGAUAAGGUAUAUGAAUGUGAUCAGCCAAAAGAUUUCUUGGAACGCGCCAUAGACGAAGCGAUCAAAAAGAAAGGUCUGAGUGCUCUCAGUGUAGAUUAUGGUUGAAGAUACUGGUUAAUUCUAAUUUCUUUGAUGUAUUUACAUAGGUUGCUUUCUAGUAAGAAACACAACACAAAGUCACAUAGUCUUUGACAUAGCGUUGACAUUUCUUACAAUGACACAGUAUAUAUAUAUUUUGACAAAAGUAUAUACAGCUGAGAUUAAAGUCAAGGUUUGUAAGUUGAACUCAGGCUGUCAAUUAUAUGAAGAACAAUUUUAAAAACUUUCAGUUGUAAAACUUAAAAUCCUUUUUUCUAAAAUUUGUUUUUUUAUGUAUUUUUUAAAGUGUCUUAAUGUGUCAUACAAAUAAUAUCUCAAUAAACAGUUCUACACAGCUGUCUUACAUAUCUGAUAUGUUUAUUUAUGUUUUCUUGCUGGGAAGCAACUAUAAUACUAUAUAAUAUAUAAUAUCUAAUUGUAUUCUGUAUUUCUUAUCAUCAGUCUUUAUACAGAUCAUUUUGUAUAACUCAUUUUUUAUUAUACUGGUUAUUACAUAUAAUGAGUUUGAUGAGCAGUAAUCUCAAAAUAUUUCACAUUCGGAUAUGUACAUUCCGAUGUAACAAUUUGCUUACAUUACAAAUAGAGAUUUAUUUUAGUCAAUACUUAUAAGUACUGUUGCGCGCGUGAAGUCAAUAACAGUUAUCCAAUUAUUAAUCUUUUCAAUAGCUAAGUAUUACUUAUUAUAUAUACAUAAAUAUAUAUAUAGAACAGUGAAACUAUAUAUGUUAAUUAUAUUUCCACAUAAAUUACACUAGCUUUGUAAACAAUAUACAUACUGUAGAAGUGUAAACAGCUAUUUUCAUUAUAAGAGAUUUUCCUAGUGUAGUCAAAUUUAUUUCAUUCGGAACAUUUUUUUA